AUGUUCAAGUCUACCAACCAUAAGGACUUGUCAUAUUUUGACAUCAGGCUCAAGCUGGGCCAUAAGAACACCAUCUUGGUGAAGGGCAAUGAGUUUGAAGUGGACUCGGUUCCGGUCUCGGGAAGCGUCAAGAUCCUGACAAAAGAGGAUUUACACGUGAAGAAGGUCAAAUUGCAGCUUAUUGGCGAGUACCAGGCUGAAUACUAUGAGAGAAUGUCUAACGGGUACGUCGCUGGCCAGGUUUCCGAGAGAAACUGCGUGCUUAAGGUGCUUUGGCCCAAUUUGCUUACGUCUAGUGAGGGCGAGUUGCAGUACGGUGAUUAUGGCGAUAAUAUGGUGAAGAUGCAUAAGUUGGAUGCUCACUUGAAGAAGUCGUCUAGAGAGAACUCCGUGACGAGUUUAUCUCAGCUCGACAAGAAGUCUUCCGACACGUCUUUGGCUGAAUCGCCUGCGAAAAAGAGACCUUCGUAUUCGAGGACAAAGUCUCUGAAUAUGUUGCAUUCUGUCAAGCCCACGUUGUUCACUAUCCCUCGAUCUGGUAUCGAUGGAACCCCGUAUCCGCUGAAGGUGAAGGGCAGGUCUGAAGCUCACUCUUUCUUGCUCCCACAGGGCAAUUAUAGUAUGCCUUUUAGCUUCCAUCUUCCUGCUAACGUUUCAGAGUCAGUUGACUGCUUGCCUAUUGCAAAGCUUAGAUAUAAGCUUGUUUGUACGAUCGAACGUGGCCGUCUCGAGAAGGACUUUACCAUUGGUAAACACGUCAGAAUCGUUCGUACGUUGCACCCACAAAGCGUGAACUUGGUUGAUCUGAUCGAGUUUGGCAACACCUGGCCUGGGAAGCUUGAGUUCAACGUGUCUCUGGCCAGGAAGGCUCUCGCGUUAGGCACCAAAAUGCCCAUUAAAUUGGUAAUUGUUCCUCUUAUUAAAGGCCUUUCGUUUAAAUCCAUGUACGCCGAGAUUGUGCAACACAAUGGCACAAAAGGCUUAACUGGUGAAUCUCCCCAGUUUGAAGCCAUCAUUAACAGACAAAAACUCGACAACGAGCACACUCACUUUGACGAAGACCACUGGGUCGUUAAGUCUCACUAUAGACUUCCUAAUUCGCUUAAAGAUAUCACGCAAACUUGCACUUUAAAAAACGACAUCAUUAGCGUCAAACACAGAGUUAGAGUUCUGAUCCACAUUCGCAACGCUGAUGGCCACGUCUCUGAGCUCAGAGCUAACCUUCCAGUGCAUGUAUUCAUGAGCCCUAAACACGGGACAAUCACUACUCGUCACUACGAAAUCGAUAACCAUCACGGUCUCUUUUCCACGGCACCUGAUCCCGAGCGUGAAGACGUUGUCUUCCCAAGAAAGGAAGCCGAGCAGCCUUCCGAUGAAGACCUGUCGAGCGAAGAUUCGUAUGCUGCUGACAGAGAAGAAGAUAACGCGCCUCCCGUGUACCAACAACACGUUUUUGAUAUGAUUUAUGACCAACUGAGCCCUAGAUCUCCUUUAGAACAACUCAGAAUCAACGGAGUCAAGUCAGCCCUCGAGGGAUACUUUGACAUUCCUCUUCUGUCGUCUGGAACGCUGUCGCCACCACUUGAUGUUAACGUCUUGCUGAAAGUGCCUAGCUACGAAAAGGCUCUAGACGACGACUCAGAAGGAGAAGAACCUGCACCAGGCUACGUUGGCGGCAGCGUCGACUCAGAAGAAGACUUGCUGAGGUCCUUUGGAUCUCUCAACGCCACACUCCUGGAACGCAGUGUCAGUAUGUCAGAUAUCCAGCUCAACUUGCCUCGCAAGAUGAAGGCUGCCUUGAAUACUCCACCACCUAGAAGCCCCAUGGCGGGGUCGCCUAAUGGCAAACACCAACUUCGCUUGCGCUUUUCACACAAACCCAAGCCUUCACGCUAA